GUGUUACGGAGGUGCUUGCGGAGCGCUGCCGCUUCGGGUCUGGUAGCCGGCAUAUCUUAAUUCUAACAAUGCCGUCAGUUUUUUUUGCAGGGUGCUUUUCGCGGGUAAUAAAUAAAUAGGCGUGCCUCGUCAUACGCGGGGUAACGAGCUGAUGGUGAGUUGGCCAGUAGGAGUUUCACGGUGACCGUACUGCGAAGCGGGUCUCGCGCUGUAACAGCGCCGUGACGCUGGCGGCGGCGGCUGCAGAAUGCUUUCGGUUGGAGGAGACCUCAAAGCCCACCCAGCCCUACGGGCAGGGCUGCCCCCCGCCGUCUCGGCUGGCCCAGGGCCCGUCCAACCCGGCCCCGAGCGCCUGCUGGAACGAGGCACCGCAGCUCCCGGCGGCCGUGCCAGCGCCUCGCCGUCCCGUGACGGCAGCAACGGCCGCGAGGGGAGGUCGCCGCUCGCUCGCCAUCUCGCGCGGCCUCGAGGGGCGGACGGCAACGGCACCGCGUCGCGCUGCGGGAAAGAGGCCGGACUUCGCGUGUACGCCGCGCCAUGGCCCUGCAGGCUGACUUCGAUGGAGCUGCAGAAGAUGUUAAAAAAUUGAAAACAAGACCAACUGAUGAAGAACUGAAAGAACUCUAUGGAUUCUACAAACAAGCUACUGUUGGAGACAUUAAUAUUGAAUGUCCAGGAAUGUUAGAUAUGAAAGGCAAAGCCAAAUGGGAGGCGUGGAACCUGAAAAGAGGUAUGUCGAAGGAGGAUGCCAUGAAUGCCUAUAUUUCUAAAGCAAAAGCACUGAUAGAAAAAUAUGGGAUUUAGAAUACUCCGACAUCACACUCUGAGUCUUCUCAGUGAUGAAGGAAGUAACACUGCAGAGGAGAACGCAGUACUAACUGGUUAUUGUGAAAUCUAACAGUCAGAUCAUUUACGCGUGAGCCACCACAGUGCGAAAGGUGUUCACAUGCAUACUGUGUUUUUAGACUGUAUCUUACUCUAAUUAAAUCUGAGCCUAUCAAAUAAAUGCUUCUGUAAGA